AUGGCUGAGAAUCAAGUUCAGCUUCCACAGUCCAUUGCCAUCUUUGAAUGUGGUGAGAGUCGUAAACCAGUACAAUUCACUGCUACUGCCGUUGAAAAUGAUCACGUUAUUGAAGGCAAAGAUGAUUUAUAUAAUUACGAUAUAACUCCAAUGGAAACUUAUGCAACUGGUACAAUAUUUAUUAGAAAUAAAAACACAGGAGAAAUGAAAGCAAUUCCAGUAGAACAAUACGUUCAGAUUUCUAGAUCUCUCUUGAUUAAACGUGAAGAAACUACAGUUAGCAAGGGUGUUGUUGGCCUUGUUGAAAACUUUGGUACAAGAGCAUCCAAGAGAAUUCUCAAACAGCGUCAGAGCGCAGGAAAAUAA